CUUCCUAAUUUUAUUAUUUAUUUCCUAAUAUUUUUAUCAUAGAUGUACGUAAAAUAAAAACACAAUUUGGUCCACACUCCACAGUUGUACCAUCUUUACCAAAUCAAAAACCUAACACUAAACUUUCUCUUGCAUAUAUAAAAACACACCUCCUCUACUCUUAACUCAUAUCACUAAUCACCAAAACAUAAUACAAAAAGAAGAAACAAACAUUAACAAAAUGGCAGCUAAUCUAGAGUGGUGUGACAGUGAUGUAGAAGAAGAUUACAUAGACAUGGAAGUCACUUCUUUCACUAACCUCGUACGCAAAGCUCUCAACAACAACAACAACAACAAGCCUAGAGAGUUUGAGUUCCAAAUGUCUCAUCUAUGUCCUCUCGAGAUAGACAAAACCACUUCUCCAGCAGAUGAACUCUUCUACAAAGGCAAGCUCCUCCCUCUUCACUUACCUCCACGUCUCCAAAUGGUUCAAAAGCUUCUAGAAGAGUACACCUUUGAUGAAGAAUUCUACAGCACACCUUUAGCCACCGGAACGGUUACUACUCCGGUGACUAGCAACACCCCGUUCGAGUCUUGCACCGUCUCUCCGGCAGAUUCUUGUCAAGUGAGUAAAGAGCUUAACCCUAAAGACUAUUUUCUUGAAUAUUCAAGUUCAUUGGAGGAUGAUGAGAAGAAGAAAUCUUGGGGCAAGAAGCUAAGAUUGAUCAAACAAUUGAGUUUUGGAACGAAGAUUAAAGCUUCGAGAGCUUAUCUAAGAUCGUUCUUUGGGAAGUCAAGUUGUUCUGAUGAGUCAAGAGUUGCUGAUGAAGGAUCUAUGUUGAGGUAUUCUCGAGCAGAGAGACCUAAAAAGCAGAGUAACGGUUCUGUUCCUAGGAGCCAUAGGAGAUCGUUUUCGGUUUCCAUGAGGAGACAAGCUGCAAAGAGUUUGAACAACAAGUCAUCGGCUAGCUUAGGGUUUCGUCCGUUGCAGUUUUUGAAGAGAAGUACGAGUUCGAGCUCAGAGGUAGAGAACUCUAUUCAAGGAGCUAUCUUGCAUUGCAAGCAAUCUCAGCAACAGAAAAAGCAGUAUAGUGUUAAUGAGGUCGGAUUCUGUUCGUUGUCAGCUUCAAAAAUUGCGGGAGAAUAUGAUCAAGAACGGGCUCAGAUGUUUAGGGGUUAACUAAAUAAUUAAAUUGGGCAGGAGGAUGAUGACAAGAUAAAAAAAAUGAGUGAGAGUGAGAGAACUAAAGAUUAAAUUCUUUGUUUUCUUUUGAUUUUUACUCUUAUUUUGCUUCUUUGUUUUUCUAUGAAAUUUCAUAAAUCCUUAAGGCCAUUUCCGUGUAAAAAAUAAAUAAAUAUGAAUAUAAAUAUUUGCUUGAGAUUCAAUUACAUGUGAUUUGAAAAUUUUUAUUCGAUUCCAGUUUCGAAAUAUAAAUUAAUUCAAAUGUCUACCAGAAUCUGAGAGUAAGGAUUUUAUUAUUGAGUAGUAGAAUGCUAACUUUUUCUCCCAACGUAUAUGUGUUUAAAAUCAUUCAUUUGUAACACAUAUGUUUGAUGUUGUUUAGCUUGUUUAUCUUUAUUUUUCUCAUAUUGGUUUUUCUUAAUAUUGACAAAAAUAUAACUAAAUCAGACUCUAAUUAAGUACAUUACACCGCAUAACAGUUAUGAAUUAAUUUUUUUUUUUUUUUGCUAUGGUUGUUCAUAAUUGAUUUUAUAUAAUUGUAACUAAAAAAUAUCAUAUGAAUAAUUUAAUUUACACUUAAUUCUUGUGAAAACGUGGACUGUCUCUAAUUUGACACAUCUUUUGAACUUAAAUAUUGCAUAAAAUCACCACACGUAGUGAUAUUAGCAGGAAAAAAAAAAUUCUCAAAGGACAAAAGAGAAAACACAUAAAUUAUUGGAGAUUGAUUGAGAGACUGAAAUGAUGAUUCCCUAAACACGAGUGUUCAGAGUCAGCCGGUCGCUAGAAAGGUUCACUUCUCGUAAAGUUGAAAAUCUGGAAACAUGGAUCCUUGCUUCCAGAAAGCUGAUCGCUACUUCGCUCCAUAGUUAUUUUUUAAUAUUUAAGUGUAAUUUGUGAAAACAAAUCAUUUAUAUGUCAAUGAAGAAAUUAUGUCUACGUGUACAUAAAAGCAUCAUUACAAGACAUGAUGACGUACACAGCAACCUAGGGGUUAGGUUGAAAUCCGAAGUCUAAUUAACCCAUUUUCUAAUGUUAAUUAAGUAUCUUAUCCAGCGUCCGCUUUUAUGUUAAUCUCUAUCAACCUUUAGACAUAAUAAUCUGUAAAUGGCAAACUAUUAGUGUAUAAUAUUGGUUAGAGUUGAUAUAAUCUUGGUUUAUGUUAUUAGUAUUGGUACAAGAUGUAAAACAAAAUUACAGUUGGUACAAGAUGUAAAACAAAAAAAAUCCAAAAAAGAAGAUGUAAAACAAAAUUACAGUUACUUUAAAAUGUAAUUAACAUCGACUAAAUCGAAUAAAAUAAAGUUCUUUAAACUUGAUCAUUUUUUUCUCGAGCCAUCUUUUUCUCGAGCCCCUUCAGCUCAACUAACAUAAACCAUCCAUACUUAAUCCCUACGAAAACGUCUUCUUCGAAAAUUCAUAUAUUAUUAGAAAGAGAUUUUAACAAAGUUUUAUUUGAAUUCUUUAUAUGGUUAAGAUUAAAGUUUUGAUUCUUUUAUAUCUUAUUUUCUUUUGUAAGGUUUGACUGUUCCACACAUUGUAGUUUCAUCUAAAUUAUUUUUAUAUGGUUUAUUAUCCUCCAUUAUAUUACACAUUGGUUGUCACUAUGAUUUUAGCCACUCACUCGUUAUGGCUUUUGUAAACCUGGAGUUUAUCUAAUUCAUGUGCAGUAAACUCGAAUUGUUAGAUUAGAUAGAUAAUAAUAUACACAAAAAAAAUUCUCUAGUGUAUGUCUCUUGCAAGAAUUAAGGGACACUCGUGAAUUUUAGAAAAUCAGUCCAAGGCCAAAUGGAAAGAAUUAUGGUAUCACAUCAUUAUAAAUAUAAUCAUAUAAGGCUUAAACAAUAUAAUCAACUCUAAAAGGCAGCUUGGGAGGACGGGAAGGGACAAGAGAACCCAAAGCUGUGUACUACUUUUUAAUAGCUUUUGGCGUGUUUGAUUUAGAGCGUGUGCAUCAAUUUAAACUUUCAAAGCCUUAAAAUAAGAUUACCUUGUCCAAAGCUAUUCUUUCUCUUUUAAACUUUUGUUUGUGGCUUAUAUAUAAAACAAAAGAAGAACAAGACAAUGAAAAAGGAACUCUUAGCGCAUCAUGCGGACAUACUCAUUCUGAUUGUCCACUAAAGAUCGCCAUUUUAUUAGGGAAGAUUACCCAUAAGAUCAAACUUUUGAAGAGAAAGAUGUUUCUUACAUCCCUUACACAUCAAACUUUUGUCAAUCUCUUAGGCCCAUCUCAUGUUUGGAUUAAGGCUACUAUCAUCACUUAGGAUCAUCACCUGGGGCUUACAAUCAAGUCCAACUUGCUCUCUUCUAGUGGGUGUCCAGAAAACAUGUGGUAGCUACCAAUAACAUUCCUCCGGCCAGGGGCAGACCCACGUAUCAGAAGGGUGUGGCACGUGCCAUAUACUAAUUGCAUAAAUUUCAUGUGCAAACUUAAGGACAUAUUCAACCGUGUUGCUUGUUGGCUUUAAAAGCUCAAUUGUGCCCCGCCCCAUCCAAGUUUGAAGCCUUAAAUGAGCUGUGUUUUUCUCUUUUGUACUUUUUAGACUGUUUCCUUCUUUCCUUUGUUUUUCUGCUAAAUAACAUUAUUCUCUUUUGUUAUUAUUUUUUUCUUUAACAUCAGGUUUGGAAAAAAAAAUAUUUAAAUUUUACUUUCGAAAUUUGUUUUCAACUAAAAUGAAUAUUUUUUAAAAUAAAGUUAUUGUGCGUAGUAAAUAUAUAUAUGAUUUUAUAAUAUUAUUUAUAUUAAGUGUCUAAAAUUUUAAAAUUGCUUACCUUUUUAGUAUGACUUACUUUGCAAAAAUGUAAGAUGUAAAACAGUAUAUUUUAAAAAUUAAUAUAAUGUAAUUUAUUAAAUUAUAUAUAUAUAUAUAUAUAUAUUAUACAUUAUAUUCCAUGUUAAAUUAUUUUCUGGAUCCGCUCAUGCUCCGGCCUCCAUUACCGUAUGGACUUCAACACCUUCAACGACUCCACUAUCAAUACCAAGGGGCGGCG